AGCUAUUUUGUUUGCAGGGAGAGGUAGUGAGGGGACUGAGUUUAUACAAAAAUUUACACCUGACACACACUCUCUCUCACUCUCUCUCUCUCUCCCUCUCUCUACCUUCUCUCUCUAAACUCACUCAGCCCUCUCUUUAUCUUCUUCUUUCUGGGUUGAUUCUCUUUCAUUAAUUGGUGGGGUUUUUCCGUUUUUCUCUAAUUUUAAUCAAUAUAUAUUAAUUAAUUGAGAUGGAGUUUGAGGAUCAAGAGGAGCACGAGGAGGAGAUGGAGAUGGCGGCUAGCUACGACUCGCUCGGCAACUCAGCCGGAGGCCGAGUCAAAAUGUCGAGUUCUGGACCAGAUGGUUUGGCGCUAGCAGCGGCUGCUGCAGCGGCGGCGGCGUCUGAUCAGCAGCAGCAACCAAGGAAGGCUGUGAGGUACCGGGAGUGCUUGAAGAACCACGCGGUGGGGAUUGGAGGCCACGCGCUGGACGGGUGCUGCGAGUUCCUGGCGGCCGGCCCGGACGGCACGCUCGACGCGCUCAAGUGCGCCGCCUGCAACUGCCAUCGGAACUUCCACCGAAAGGAGGGCGACCCGGCAGGACACGGUCUCGGAGUCAUAACCGAUGCGUACGGGCAGCUGGUGCCACACCACGGGCAGCAACACCACCCGCAGUUCUCACCGUACUACAGGACUCCAGCUGGUUACCUCCACGUGGCGGCGCACCACAGGCCGCUGGCUUUGCCGUCUACUUCGGGAGGGGGAGGGACCUACAGCGGGGGGCAGGAGCAGGAUGACGACGUGUCGAAUCCCAGCGGGGGCGGUGGCGGUGGCGGAGGGAGUGGGGGUUUGGGAAUGGGAAUGGGUAUGCACGGAACGGCGUCCUCUGGGAAGAAGAGGUUUCGGACAAAGUUUAGUCAGGAGCAGAAGGAGAGGAUGUUGAGCUUGGCGGAGCGGCUCGGGUGGAGGAUUCAGAAGCAGGACGAACCGGCGGUUCAGCAAUUCUGUAACGAGACCGGGGUGAAGCGCCACGUGCUCAAGGUUUGGAUGCAUAACAACAAACACACUCUGGGUAAGAAACCCUAGCUAAGCUCUUAAGCUUAUGUGCUCAUAACUUAAGCUCGAAACAAAACAAACCCCCAAAACCAAACAAUGAACAUGAACAACAACCCUCAACAAGUACAUCGUCGUCAUCAUCGACGUCGUUGUUUGAUCUCUUCUGAUGUUUUGUAUUUAUCAUAAUUUAGGACAACAUCGUGACUUGGUUGCUAGCAAGCUAGCUACCAUGUGGUAGUAGGAUUUUAUCAGUUAUGGGGCAUUCUUCUUCUGGAUCAAUGUGCCUGCAGCUGACUUUGUUGAGUAAAACUCUACUACUUUCUCCGGAUUUUAGUGUUUUAGCUUAUUAGCUAGGGUUUCGUUUGGCUUAAUUGAUCCAGUAGCUAGCCGGUGUUAUUUGAACACUUGAUUUAGAUGAAUGUGGCCCAUUAAUUUGAACAUUUUAUCAGUACUGCAUGUAAAAUAUUUAUCUUAAUUUGUUCAUCUAGCCACCAAAUGGGUUGACAUUAUCAAUGUUUGUUGAGUGUGCAAUCUUUAGCUGCGAAUGCUGAUCAAGAUCAUAUCAAUGUUUGUUGAUUUUACAAUUUAGAGAAGGACUUGCACCAUGACGUCGUGUGGUCCAAUAUAAUACAAUUUCAUUUGUAAGUUUAUUUCUAUGUGACAAUAUUGCAUUGUAGGAUUGCAAUGUCACGUGCUUGUAAACCUGUUCCAUGCAAAUUGUUUCCCGCAAUUUGUGUGUGAUGACUUGUUGCUCUCUCCACAAUUAGUAUGUGUGUGAUGAGUUGGUUGAAGGGAGGAUCAA